AUGUCUAGCUCCGAUGGCUCAGUUAGUCAUUUCAGUGGGUCUGAUGCAGGUUCUACGAACCAAGUUGCAUCCCCCGAUAGCCUUAGCGAGCCAGAGGUAGAGCUCGAGGAAGAGUUUGAGCCUGUAAAUUCUUCCAUUCACGCCUUGGCGGCUCAGGUGGAGAGGAGCUCGAGGCAGGUGCGAGUUGCCGAAGAGGCUCGUCGUGCGGCCGAGGAAGCCGCUCGUGCUGCUGAAGCUACUGCUCGUGCUGCUGAAGAGACUGCACGUGCUGUCGAAGAGACUGCACGUGCUGCCGAAGAGACUGCUCGUUUUUCCCGGAUUAGGCAGGCGAGGUCUCAGAGAGAUGCCGAGGCCAUGGGAGUGGGGGUGAAGCACAUAGCGGACUUGAGGUUGGAUUUGCAGCAUCAGGGUGGCAAGGUGGAAGUACUGAUUGGUUCAGUGGCAGUUGGGGGAACUGCUGUUGAUAAUGGUAUUGGGAGAUGUGCAGCACUUGGUGCUGGUGAAGCUGGUGUUGUUGGAACUGUUGCAUUUGGGCUUGCAUUGCCYGCAUGCACUGCAUCAGGUCGUCCAACCGGUUUUGGCUGGCUGCCAGGGGGGCGGCAGUCGUUUCUUGUCCUGUCAAAGUAUAAAGCUCCAUGGACAAAGCCUCCAAGAAGGUAG